CAAACAACUAAUUAGCCACAUUCAAUUGUUGAGAGUGCUAAUUUUAAUUUCUUUAAGUUUGGAAAAAAUGGCUAAGUUUGGUGCAUACUCAAUUGCCCUUGUUCUCACAUUGAACAUUCUUUUUUUCACUAUGGUUAGUUCCACUAAUGUCCCAUGCCCACCACCCCCACACCCCAAACCCCACUACCCUACCCCUACCCCCUCCACCCCAUCAUCAAAGGGUAAGUGCCCAAAGGACACACUAAAACUAAAUGCUUGUGCCAAUUUAUUGGGUGAUUUGUUGCACCUUGUUGUUGGAAGUAGUCCAGCCAAGACUCAAUGUUGCUCUUUAAUUGAAGGACUUGUUGACCUUGAUGCUGCUGUUUGCCUUUGCACUGCCCUUAAAGCCAAUGUGUUGGGAAUUAAUCUAAAUAUCCCACUUUCACUCAACUUGUUGCUCAACAAUUGUGGCAAAUAUGCACCCAAGAACUUCCAAUGCAAAUAAGCCAAAUUUUCAAUUCAUACCGUUCAAUUUCUUUCAGUGUGUUAUUUGAUGUUUUGUGUGCUUAAAUAUACCAGUUGCUUAUUUUCAAAAGGAAGUAUACUUCCUUAAUGUAUUCUAGUUUGUUUACAAGGGAGGCUAUAGUUAUUGCCUUCUUUUCAUGAAAUAAAUGUCAUCUUUUAAAGUUUUAUGUUAAAAUGUUUGAUAUUAUAAA